CUUUCAUCCCUCAUUGAUUCCUUUGAAGCUCACGGGCUUUUCAUAACAUCAAUAAUAGCAUAAUAACUUGGGCACAUGUUAAACUGUGGAAAGCUAGUCAUCAGCCUAGUUUUUGUGGAGUAUCGGUUGCAGAAAGCCCGCAGAAAGUCAUUCUCAAACUUGUGAAAACGAUAUAGAUUGUGUAGGCGCGACUGGGCUUCAGCAACUUGGGUUGGUGGUGGAUACAUCAAUGGUACYGCAGAAGCUGUAUAUGUCAGCGGACUUGUUUGGUCCCAGGCUCCCUGGGGAUAUGCACUAAGCUUAGUCAUCGGUGGUUUAGCCUUUGCUAAAAUCAUGCGCAGUAAAGAAUACAUAACGAUGCUCGAUCCAUUCCAACAGAAGUACGGGAUUAGAAUGGGUGGACUACUUUACCUUCCCGCUCUUCUCGGAGAGAUCUUUUGGAGCGGAGCCAUCCUUUCAGCACUUGGCGCAACAGUCAGCGUCGUGAUUAAUCUGAAUAAAGAGCUGUCAGUCAUAGUGUCUGCUUGUAUYGCUGUGUUUUAUACWUUGAUUGGAGGGCUAUAUUCGGUCGCUUAUACUGACGUCAUUCAGCUGAUAUGUAUAUUUAUUGGACUGUGGCUUAGCCUUCCAUUCGCUUUGGUCAAUGACGCCGUCUCUAAUAUUUCUGACACUUCGGAAACGUGGGUUGGUAAAUGGCCUGRGAACUAUGGACCAUGGRUUGACUUUGCCUUACUAUUGGUAAGUCAAAACAGCUGCUUCAACAGCGUUGACCAUCUCGGAAUAUUCCAUCUGGGACCGAUAAGCAUUGUGGGAAUUCACACAGCAAGUUCACAUACGNUCGCUCCUGCUAAUGGAACCAACGCAACGUCACCAAUCAAACCGGAAGGCGUGUUGGUAUUACCCAUGGUGCUUCGCCAUCUUACACCUGAAUAUAUCUCAUUCUUUGGUCUUGGUGCCGUGUCUGCCGCUGUCAUGUCGUCUGCAGACUCAAGUAUCCUGUCUGCAUCCACCAUGUUCUCGCACAACAUCUAUCGCUCGAUCUUUAGACAAAAAGCAUCAAGCCGUGAGAUAUUAUGGGUAAUGCGUGUUGCUAUAUUCAUAGUCGGUGCCAUAGCAACCGUUAUGGCCUUAACAGUCGAUUCAGUGUACACACUUUGGUAUUUGUGCAGUGAUGCUGUUUAUGUCACGCUAUUCCCACAGCUGUGUUGCGUUAUCUACUUUGCUAACACCAACACAUAUGGAUCGUUUUUCGGCUUUGUUCUUGGAAUYGUUCUCCGUGUUCUUGGCGGUGAAAUGUCGCUUGGGAUCCCUGUGGUGAUUAAGUAUCCUUACUACACCGAUAAAGAUGGUCAACGGUUUCCGUUCCGUACUCUUGCCAUGGUCUGUUCUUUUGCUGGUAUUUUGAUAGUGUCCUAUCUGUUAAGGUUUUUGUUUCUUAAGAGGAUUUUGCCCAUGAAGUUAGAUUUUCUGCACUGUUUUAGGGAAUAUGAUCUUAAGAAAACGGAGACUCGUGAGUUGUCUCCAGUGGAAGCUAAAUAUGGKAAGGCAGGUUCAAUGCCAAGAGAAAAACCCACCUAUUGAAAACUUAGCUUUUUAUUGAAAUUUUUUGUACCAUUCAUUUCAUUAAAAAGUUCACUUCACUUUC